AUGGCGGCCAGACUCCCCGGGGCACCCAGCUUGGCCGCGCGGUGGAUGCUGGGGGCAGACUCCAUCAGCAGCUAUGAAGCCCAGAUCACUUCUCUGAAGCAGCAGCAGCAGCAGGACUGUGAGGAGAAGGAGCGGGAGCUGGGGCGCCUGAAGCAGCUGUUGUCCCGGGCUCACCCCCUGGACUCCUUGGAGAAGCAGAUGGAAAAGGCCCACGAGGACUCGGAGAAGCUUCGGGAGAUCGUGCUGCCCAUGGAGCAGGAGAUUGAGGAGCUGAAGGCGAAACUGCUCAGGGCAGAGGAGCUCAUUCAAGAGAUCCAGAGACGGCCCCGGCCUCCCCCUUCCUUACACGGCUCCACGGAGUUGCUGCCCCUGUCCCGGGACCCAUCGCCCCCGCUGGAGCCUCUCGAGGAGCUGAGUGGAGACGGGGGUGCGGCGGCCGAAGCCUUCGCCCACAACUGUGACGAUAGCGCUUCCAUCUCUUCCUUCUCCCUCGGUGGUGGGGCCGGCAGCACGUCCCUGCCCCGCAGCCGCCAGGCCCUGAGCCCCGAGCAGGAAGAGACCGCCUCUCUGGUGUCCACGGGCACCCUGGUCCCCGAGGGCAUCUACCUGCCCCCUCCUGGUUACCAGCUCGUCCCGGACAACCAGUGGGAGCAGCUGCAAAUGGAGGGCCGGCAGCUGCAGAAGGACCUGGAGACCAUCAGCCGAGAGCGGGACGAGCUGCAGGAGGGCCUGAGACGGAGCAACGAGGACUGUGCCAAGCAGAUGCAAGUGCUCCUGGCCCAGGUCCAGAACUCAGAGCAGCUGCUGCGGACCCUGCAGGGGACCGUGAGCCAGGCCCAGGAGCGGGUUCAGCUGCAGAUGGCAGAGCUGGCCACAUCACACAAGUGCCUGAGCCACGAGGUAAAGCGGCUGACUGAGGAAAACCAAGGACUCCGGGCCGAGCAGCCGCUGUCUUCAGCCCCCCGGGGCCUGGAGCAGGAUGAGGGUCACGAGGAGUCACUGCCCAGCUUGGUGCCGCCUCGGUGUAAAGAGAAGAUGAGUUUGCAGAGCGCUUGA